AUGGCUUCAUUAUCACUCGUGACGCAACUUAAUCCUCUUAUCCAGACCGACGGGCUGCAAUCAUCAAGGCGGCUUUAUCAUAAUGCUCUCCAUCAUCUGAACAGUCUACGCACAAACUUCGAGUCACGACAACAGAUGAUUGGAGUUCAAGAUCGAAGCUUUCUUUUGGAGCAAAUGGGAGAGUGGUGUGAAGACAUUGGAUAUCAUCCUGCUGACUUCGAUGUAUUAAACGCUAUCCACAUUGCCGGAUCGAAAGGUAAGGGUUCCACGGCAUCUUUCAUCUUUUCGAUAUUAUCCGAAUAUUUAAGCGAUGGAUGUGAUCCUGGAGAGAAAAGAUCAGCUUCCUUGAGAAAGAUUGGUUUAUACACGUCGCCGCACAUGCGUAGUGUGCGAGAGCGUAUCCGAAUUCGAGAAUCACAGUCGACGGCUUUCACAGAUACCCCUCUUGAUGAAAAGAGAUUUGCGAAGUAUUCUUCAGAAAUAUGGAAUCGGUUAAACUUAGAUAGCCGAGCGCCCUCUCAGAGUCCACCUUUUGCAAAAUUUCUGACGCUGAUGGGUCUCCAUACAUUUAUGCAGGAGAAAGUUGAUACGGCCGUGGUGGAAGUUGGUAUCGGGGGACGCUAUGACUCAACCAAUAUUCUUCGCCAACCCAGCGUCUGCGCUAUAACCAGUUUGGGACUAGAACAUACCGACCUACUUGGUUCCAGGCUUGAGGGGAUUGCAUGGGCUAAGGGAGGUAUCAUGAAAAAAGGAGUUCCCGUGUUUACGGUGCCACAAGACCCCGGAGCUAUGGCUGUGUUGGAAGCUGUAGCCGUGUAUGAAGGAGCAGAUCUACAUGUCGUUGCGACACAUCCAGAUCUCGAGUCCAUCGAGCUUGGUCUUCAAGGUGAUUUCCAGCGAACAAAUGCUAGCUUAGCGGUGGCAGUAGCCGCAAAGCAUCUUUCUCGCAUGGGAUUUAGUGGUAUUGCAGACACAGCGACUUUCAUGCAGUCCCCACUACCCGAAAAGUUUCGUCGGGGUCUAGAAAAAGCCCAAUGGCCCGGGCGAUGUGAGACGCGGCUCAAUCAUGGAAUUCGUUGGUUACUUGAUGGAGCUCAUACCAUAGAAAGUAUUGAAGUUUUGGGGCCUUGGGUAAUCAAAAACAUGGCAGCACAGAAACGAGCUCGACGUGUUCUGAUAUUUAACCAACAAACUAAGGAUGCCACGGCGCUACUCCAUCAUCUUUGGCAGGUUAUGACGUCAUCGACAUCACGUUUCGCUUGUGCGGAGCCGAUUUUUCAUCAAGCGAUCUUUUGUACAAAUACUCUGUGGGAAAGAAAUGCAGCUCCCGAUAUUGAACGUGUUUCUAUGACAUACUCAGGAGAUUCGAUUCAAGAUCUUAAAAUACAACAUGAAUCGGCAACGUGCUGGGCUGAGAUUAGUGGAGGAGAAUCCGCAGUGACCGUUGUACGGACUGUCGAAGAGGCUAUUCGAUGUGCAGCUCAUGGUUAUGGUGAUAGCAAUUGUGACGAAAAAGACGGCGAUGAAGCGGUAGUGUUGAUUACUGGAAGUCUUCAUCUAGUGGGAAGUGCUUUGGAGUUUUUGGACACGUUUGCAUGAUUAGACACUUACAUAAUUCGCUGUUGGAUAAAUCGGCAGGCACUUUCUUGAACAAAACUUCUCUACCGUGUGAUGAUAAUGCUGUCAUCCGUAAUAUCUUGGAAAGCAUCAUGGAAACAUAGCAAGCUUGAAGCAGGGUUUGUAUUAGGUUACUGUAGUAUAAGGGUGGCUCCUAUUAAGCGUUUUUAAUAUUAUAGUUCGUAUAUAUGAAGAAGGAUUCUAUUACUUCUAUAGACAUUCAAUAUAUAAAAUCUUAUUAGGAAUAUAUGGGCACUUA